AUGAAACAACAACUUAAAGCAAUUGCUAAAGAUAUGCUCAAUAAAUCAUAUUCAAUGGCUAAAAAUUUUGCUUUAAUUGGUGCCAUAUAUUCUGGUACUGAACGUGGUUAUAGAAGAGCUAAAAAUGAUUUGCAUAAUAGUACAGCUGCUGGUUGUAUAACAGGCGGCAUAUUGUCUGCAAAAGCAGGUCCUCAGGCUGUUUUAUUUGGUUGUGUAGGGUUUGCUGCUUUCUCAACUGCAAUUGAUUAUUAUAUGAGAAGAGAAUGA